AUGCUUCCAAGGCGCGGAUUGGUAUUGGGUGCAUGCGGUGCACUUGGGCAGGCCGUAACCAAUGCACUGCUAGAACGGCAGUGGAGCGUAGUUGGGGUGGACGUCGUCCCAAAGAAUUCUCCAACAAACUCCUACGCACACGUCGUUUUGAACGCGGCGGAUUCCGCGGAGACCCAACAGGGCGUCAUACUCGGCGCCGUUGCGAGUGGUGCGGUGCUGAAUGCCGUAAUCAACGUUGCCGGGGGGUGGGCAGGCGGUGGUGCCGCCGACAGUGCCUCCUGCUGUGCAAUGGAGUCCAUGAUUCGUCAGACUUUGUUUUCCUCCAUGGCUGCUGCCCACGUGGCUUCCCAGCGCGGCGGCAAGAGCUGUCUGCUGCUACUGCCAGGGGCGGCCGCGGCCCUCCGCCCAACUCCUGGCAUGUUGGGUUACGGGGCGGCGAAGGCGGGUGUGCACCACUUGACGAAGUCUCUCGCUGCUGGCCCGCAACAGCUACCGGAGGGGGCGUGCGUGCUGGCUCUUCUUCCCACAAUUCUCGCCACCCCCGCAAACAGGCAGGCGAUGCCUGACACCGACACGAGUUCGUGGACGCCGCUUGGAACCGCGGCGGAAAUUAUCGCGGAGUGGGCCAACGGCGUCAAUCGGCCGUUGAGCGGCUCCCUUGUUCUUCUCAAAACAAGCCACGGGAAGACGAAGUGGAUAGUUGCAGAAUGA